ACGUCCCUUUAAAGCCUCGCACUGCUGCUGUCACAUCAGGACAGGAGCUGCAGCACAAACUCUUGACUGUCUGCGAUGACCGCGGAAAGUAAAGAGGCGACUUUUCUGUAGCUCAGGAGCGGGAGCCACGUCCACCUGUGUCUUAUUUUCUGUUCCAUCAUCUCUCGGCGCCAUGCUCGGGCUCUCCGGCCUCCUCCCCGCCGCUCUGCUCCUCUUGCUCCUGUCCUGCUGCGCUCCAGCUCGGGCUUAUUUCGCGGAGGAGCGCUGGAGCCCCGAGUCUCCGCUCCUCGCUCCAAGGCUCCUUCUCGCCCUCAUCUGCAGAAACUCCGAGCACUCGUUGCCCUACUUUCUGGGCACUAUCGAGCGCCUCAACUAUCCCAAGGACCGCAUGGCUCUCUGGGUAGCAACGGAUCACAAUGAGGACAACACCACAGCUAUUCUGCGUGACUGGCUCGUAAAGGUUCAGAACCUUUACCAUUAUGUGGAGUGGAGGCCAAAAGAGGAGCCCAGACGCUAUACAGAUGAGGAUGGUCCGAAGCACUGGACGGACCUCCGUUAUGAGCAUGUAAUGAAGCUUCGCCAAGUAGCACUGGAGUCCGCUCGCGAGAUGUGGGCAGACUAUUUCAUGUUGGCAGAUUGUGAUAAUCUCCUCACCAAUCCCGAUGUGCUCUGGAAACUCAUGAAAGAGAAUAAGACCAUCAUCGCUCCGAUGCUGGAAUCCCGUGCGGCCUAUUCAAACUUCUGGUGUGGAAUGACCUCCCAGGGUUACUAUAAGCGGACCCCUGCCUACAUACCCAUGAGGAAGCAGGUGCGCAAAGGCUGUUUUGCCGUCCCCAUGGUCCACUCCACGUUCCUCAUAGACCUCAGGAAAGAGGCAUCCAGACAGUUGGCCUUUCACCCGCCACACCCAGAAUACAGCUGGGCUUUUGAUGACAUCAUUGUGUUUGCAUUCUCUGCUCGGAUGGCAGAUGUGCAAAUGUUUGUUUGUAACAAGGAGACCUACGGUUACUUCCCUGUGCCCCUGCGCUCCCACAAUACUUUGCAAGAUGAGGCUGACAGCUUCUUGCACUCCCUGCUGGAAGUCAAUGUGCGAAAUUCCCCAGUGAUGCCUUCCAAAUACAUACGUGUUCCUAGAAAACAACCUGACAAACUGGGCUUUGACGAGGUGUUCAUGAUAAACCUUCAGAGGCGGACUGAUCGCAAGGAGCGCAUGCUUAGGGCACUGUACGAGCAGGGGAUUACUUGUAAGGUCAUUGCAGCUGUUGAUGGAAAAGCAAUGAAUAUUAGUGAAAUUCAUUUAAUGGGCAUUCACAUGCUCCCCGGAUACAGUGAUCCUUAUCACGGAAGGCCGUUAACAAAAGGAGAGCUGGGAUGCUUUCUUUCCCACUUUAACGUCUGGAAAGAGGUUGUGGAGCGACGCCUGGACACCUCCCUUGUGAUUGAAGACGAUCUGCGCUUUGAGGUCUUCUUCAAGCGACGCCUGAUGAACUUGAUGAGCGAGGUGAAGUCCGAAGGGCUGGACUGGGACCUCAUCUACAUUGGUCGGAAGAGAAUGCAAGUGGAUCACCCAGAGAAAGCGGUGCCAAAUAUACACAACUUAGUGGAAGCAGACUAUUCAUAUUGGACGCUAGGCUACAUGAUAUCACUGCAGGGUGCAGAGAAGCUUCUGAAAGCAGAACCACUAAAGAGGAUUCUGCCAGUGGACGAGUUUCUUCCCAUCAUGUACAAUAAACACCCUGUGUCCGAUUAUAUGGAACAGUUUGAAAGCAGAGACCUGAAAGCAUUUUCUGCAGAGCCUCUCUUAGUGUAUCCAACACACUAUACAGGUGACCCGGGCUACAUCAGUGACACUGAGACCUCCACUGUGUGGGACAACGACAAGAUCCGCACAGACUGGGACAGAGCGCGCUCGGGAAAAACUCGAGAGCAGGCGAAGAUCAGCAGCGAGGCCCAGAACUCUGACGUGCUCCAGUCCCCGCUGGACAGCACAGCGCGGGACGAGCUAUGAGAGGAACUUAGGAGCCUUAGGAAAAUGUAAAGGCGCAUAGGUCAAACCACCGUAGUUUUUUAAUCAUUCGUGAUCACUUUGAUUUUACAUCAGAAUUCAUGGAAAGAUUUAAUUUAUCAGAAUUGACGAGUUGAAAAGGGAUCGUGCGUGUCUUACAUUUUCUGUCAUAUUGUCAGUUAUCAGGUUUUUACAUUAUAAAGGCACUAGACUUGCCAUUUGGAAUGGCAUUUGCAGUACCCAACUUCUGUCUGUCAUACAGAAAGGAACAUAUGUGGUAGUAAUGAAUGAAUUUGGACUGGGUAAAAAAUUAUAAAAGUUUUUUCUCAUUAACCCUUACAUUGCUGUGUUUCGAAUAAUCAUCAGUCAGUACGUUUAUCACAGGUACAGCACACACAAGUAAAUGCUAUUCACUCAGAAAAAAACAGUGCUAUCACUGAAGCAGAAACACGAUGCUAUCAGUAAAGUUACUUCACUUUUUGACGCUUUUUGUCUGUCUCCAGACUAAUGCCUCAAACAGACGUGAUUAACUCUGUGACCUGACCUGUUUCCCCAGAAGAAAACAGAAAUCCUCGCCCCAUGCAAACAUACAUCAGCCACAUCUUAAUCCCACUCUGAUAGUUGAGUCUGAAUUUGAGCAUUUUGGAUGAGGCUGACUUUUUAAAGCUUGGUUGGUGGUCCUUUUCCAGCUUAUUUAUUAUGUCAUGGAAUCUCUGCCUCAUGACUAGAGCUCUGAAGAGGCUUUCUGUUGCUUAUGCUUUCAAUUGAUCGGAUUCUGUACGAGCCAUUCACCCUCUGAGUGUGCACAAAAAUGGAAGUGGUUCUUAGUGGCAACAAAAUUAAAUAAAAUGUUUUAUAUUUAAAAGUU